GCGGGAGAGACAAGAGUCUUUGAUACUAGUCGUGAUAACAUCCGAGUAAAGGUCGAGGAGUUAAACGAAGACGUCGCAAGGGUUAUUCUUGUAGAUGAAAAUGGAAGUCCAAUUAACACUGCAGAGGAAAUAAAAUUUAUAAAUCAGGCGACUAAAAAUGAAAUAUCACCUGUGGAAGUUAAGGAUUAG